UAUUGUCUCAACUAGGCCAAUAGUCUCAAUACUUGAUUGGUUUAUUGCCGACAUUGUGUCUAUCUAAGGUUCAAAUUUAGUUUUGACCUAAGUAAUACUUCGUAUUAGUUAUAUAUAUUGCGGCUAAACUUCAAAGUAACAUUAAACAGAAAUUUGGCAAUCAAGAUGUCACAAAACAAAGACUCUUCCCCUGUUCUUAAAGUAGCAUUUUAUCCAUGGUUUGCACUAGGCCACCUAACCUCAUUCCUCCGCUUAGCCAACAAACUUGCUGAAAGAGGUCAUCACGUCUCCUAUUUUAUCCCUCCCAAAACACAAUCAAAAUUAGCUUCUCAAAACCACUACCCUGACCACCUUACCUUCAUCCCCAUCCCCGUCCCACCGGUGGACGGGCUUCCUCCCGGGGCGGAGACCACCAACGAUGUCCCCGCCUCGGGUGGUCCCCUCAUCAUGACUGCCAUGGACAUGACUCGUGACACCAUAGAAGCCCAUUUGGUCCGACUCAAGCCCGAUGUCGUCUUCUAUGACUUCACCUGUUGGAUGCCUGAACUAGCCCGAAAACACGGGUUCAAAGCCGUACACUAUAUAACCGCAUACAUAACAAGGUACGCUUAUCUUGCUCCUUACAAAAAGGUAGCUGGCUACCACCCCACAGCAGCCGAACUAUUGACGCCACCUCCGGAUUUCCCUUCACAGCUAAUCAAGAUGCAGCCCCAAGAGGCUGCUAUCAUGUCGGGUUUAGGUAAGACGGAAUUUGGACUAGGAGGUUUAACAUUGGCUGAAAGGCUAGGUGUAUCGUUUCGAGAAUGCGAUGCUUUUGGAGUCAAGACUUGUGAGGAGAUGGAAGGGGCUUAUUGUAAAUAUUUUGAGGAUAUUUUUGGUAAGCCUGUGCUACUAGCAGGGCCAAUGGUCCCUAAACCGCCAUCUUCGAAACUUGAUGAGUGUUUUGAUGAUUGGCUUAAGGGUUUUGGUACUUCUAGUGUUGUAUAUUGUGCUCUUGGAAGUGAAUGUUCUCUAAAAUUAAACCAAUUUCAAGAGCUUCUUCUUGGACUUGAGCUCACAGGAAGGCCAUUUUUGGCGGCCUUAAAACCAGCAAUGAAUCACGAAACAAUAGAGUCGGCUUUGCCAGAAGGGUUUGCAGACAGAAUUAAAGGAAGGGGGAUCAUACACGGUGGUUGGGUUCAACAACAACUGAUCUUACAACAUCCAUCCGUGGGAUGUUUCAUAACUCAUUGUGGGGUUGGAUCUAUUUCCGAAGCUAUGGUAAGCGAAUGUCAAGUGGUGUUCAUGCCUCAAGCAGUCGACCAGUUCAUCAAUGCGAGGCAGAUGACAUUAGAUUUGAAGAUAGGUGUCGAGGUUGAGAAAGAUAAUGAUGGUUUGUUCACUAAGGAGGCCGUCUGUAAGGCGGUCUCCUUGGUGAUGGAAGAAGAUAGUGAAGUAGGGAAAGAGGUAAGGGCUAGUCAUGCUAAAUGGAGAGAAUUUGUUUUAAGGGAAGGUGUUGAAGAUUCUUAUAUUAGUAGCUUCAUUCAGAGUUUACGACAAUUGAUUGCAUAAACAUUUUGGUAUCAAGUCAACGUGUUUUUUUUCAUAUACAAAGGUUGCUUCAUCGAACCUGUUACGUACAAUUGCAUGUAUUCCACUCUAGCUUCACAGUUAAUGCCUCUUGUUUUAUAAAUUGGUCUUAUUUCAAGUGUUGUACUUUGUCAUUUCUAUGGAAUGCUUUUUAACGAAUAGUAAAAUGUCUUUUGGCCA